AUGUGUCAUCGGACUUGGGCACGUCUUCUGGGCGGGGUGUUGAUGGCGAGCGUUGCCCUGGCCCUCCCUUCCAGAGGCCACAUCCUCGACGAGACGCCUCACAGGCAACCCCAACAGAGCCAGAGCUGGUGCGCCUUCGGCGAGUACGCUGCUCAUUUGAACGUCUCAGACGACCUUGAGGCACUCGAGAGAGCGACUUCCGAAUCUUCGGUCGACCAAGAAGCCACGAUCAACAUCCCCGUCAAUGUCUUCAUCCUUGGGAACCCAGAGACCCAAUCAAAACUGAAUAUGACUUCUCCUGUUGUCAGACUUCAAGAGAAUCUUGCCUUUGGAUACUCGAGCCUAGGAUAUUCCUUCGGGCCCUUCAAUACCUACCGCAUCUACGACCUUGAGUUCGCGGAGUUCGAAUUCAGUGCGCGUGUCUCGAACAAGUUGCUCAAGAUGGCAUGGCGCCUUCGCACCGGCGGGGCCGAGACGCUGAACAUCUACCUCGUGCCCAAGAUGGCUCCCGGCCUCCUGGCAUUCGCACUCUUCCCCGACAUCCUGACCAAGGACACCCGCAAUUCCUUGGCCCUGGACGGCGUCCUUUUCAGCCACCACACAAUGACGCACUACUUGUCGGAGAAGACGACGAUCCACGAGGUGGGCCACUGGCUCGGGCUAACGCACCCAUUCCAGGGUGGUUGUCUCGACCCGGACGGAGACGGGGUCCCGGAUACACCGCAGGCGGACUUCAAAGGUGACCAACAGUGCGUGGCGGGAAAAGACACAUGCCCCGGCCUUCCCGGGGUCGAUCUAUACUCAGAACUUGACUUUUACUCCAGGCCAAAUCUCGAAGAUGCGCCGGUCUUGGCACCAAUAUCGAAACCCCAGCACCCGGCAGCUUCCUCCCUCUACGAACCAGCCUCUCCGAACGGUCCCUGACUUGCUGGGCAAUGCCACCACUGACCCGUUUUCUCCCUCAGGCUAAGGCGAGAGACAAUUUCGAGUAUUGAGAUGAGCGAUAAGCUGGUUUUAGAGCAACAGCUACGUCUCUGACAAGACCCACCAAGUUGGAAGGCAUCUUGUGAUUAAUACUUGACCUCUAAAAGGAUGAAUAGAAGAUUGAUGCAAACUGAAGAACCAUGCUCAUGCUGAUUUGGGAGAAAAACGCACACGAUAGUAC